GCGGGAACUGCCGCAGACUCAAAGAAGGAAGGAAGCAGGAAGGACGGACUUUGUUGUUUUGCGUGUUUCAUCGAUCAACGUGGACGUCUAAUCAGUGGAGAGCACCAGUAUGUCUCACAUUAUGUCCAACGAAAAGCUGAAUGAGCAGUUUGAACUGUUCAUGAAGGAGUCUGUUUCAGAUGACUCUGGGGAUUUUUGUGACAAGCAGCCAGAUUCUACUGGCAGUGACCAAUUACAGAAAGCAACAGUACCACCGUGGCAAAGUGACGAACAUGAACACAAACUCAGCAGUGAAGUGGAAACAGUGAUGACCAAAAGCCGAUUCCUUAAAACCAAAAAGCCCCAAAUGGAAAAUGAAGAACUGUUUGGAUCGCUGGCAACUGCAACAAAGUCUUUGAGGAAAUCUCGGGCAGUUGAAGAAGAGGAUGACUAUAUUACAGGAAACACUGGUUUGAAGGAUCUGACUAGGGAAAGUUCACAUGCAGAAGCUUUGAACUUGAGCAUAGGACUGGACACUUUGGUGGAAGAAGAGGAAAAAGUUAAAUUUUUUGGUCAAUUCGAAGCAAGUGCUUUGUCAAAUAUCGAUUACAGGCAGCUGAACAAAGAGAUGGACUUUACAAGUUCUACCACUGGUAGUUUCCUCGGGGUUGCAGAAGAGUCUGUUUAUCCUAGUGACGAUGAUCAAAAGAAGAGGGAAAGCUCUCCAUGUUUGCAACACUACAGUGAAGAUUUUGAAGACGACGACGUGGAAAUAAAGAAGUCAAGAACAUCUCCAAUAUUGACAAAAGUUUCUUUAGAUGAUCCGCAAAAUGACUUCAAAGGACAGAUGGAAGACAGAGGGAAAGUAGUACCAGAAUCUCUGGACAAAGUUGGCCUGUCGAAUGCACAUAGUGCAGGCUCAGAUAUGGAAGCUCUUCACAAUGCCUACAGACAGAUUAAUACUGGGGAGGAUUCAGAUGAUCCCAAACACCAUCACCCACCACCGGACAGAAAUGAGAGCAGACUCAGUCUGUCUUCCCAACGGCCAAUACAGUCUCCUGGUCCUGCUUCUACCAACGAGUCUGAGUUACCCACAGCAGAAGAACUGAUGAGACCCAUCCGACCAGUCAGUGCUGUGGAACCUGAUGAGAAGAUUUGUAAUCCAUUAGACAUAACAUUUAUUGCUACCAAAAAUACAAAACAGAAGGAAACAUCAGAAAAGGCAGACAUUGGGAAGUGUAAAGGAGCCAAGACUUUGAAAACCCCUCAAUCCAGCCACUCAAAACAUCCUAACCUUGGUGUCACAUUCAACAUCAGAGAAGAAGUGGAAAGACUGAUGGAGGAACAGACCACAGUCGCACAGACGGACAAAGCAAAGAAAGAACCUAACCACCGUGGCUCUCCCAGUAAACCAACCCUAACAUCGUCCGUAAGAAGAAAGCUCAUUGGGGCGACUCCAAAAGUCCAGAAGGAUGACAGUAGAAGACUGACAGGAGUGAAUAAAACCACUGCUGCCGCCAAAUCACAAUCUUCGGUUUCUCGAACCAUAAGGCCUUGCCUCAAAACCGCAAAGAAGAAAGAAAAAGAAAAUGCUAACCCCGUCGACACAGAUGUGAAUGUUAGCAGUGAACUUGUGGUGUCUGUCCAGUCAUUAGUGACUGCCCUCAAACAGCAGAUUAUUGCAAGUAGUCGACAGGAUGUGACUGAUGGACAGGACUGCAAAAUGCCUACUACAAGUAAGGACAUUUCUGUGGAGGAGGAGCUGAGAAUCCAGCUGGCCCAAAGAGACCAGGAACUGCAAAUAAUGAAGAAAGAAGCAGAGGAGCUUAAAUCUGUCCAACAGCAAAACUAUGUUCUACAGUCCAAAUUGCAGAUAGCCGAAGAAGCCAGUAAAAAGUUAAGACUGACAGAUACUACAGAUCCUACAACUGAAAAAACUUUUAAAGACAUUCAUAAAGAAAUAACAGAGCAGGAGACCAUCAUUCAAGGUUACCAGCAGGAAAGUGAGAAGAUAUACUUGCAGAUGAAGACUCAGCAGGCCAAGAGUAAAGCCAAUGAACAGGCCAUGUUCAAUGAAAACCAACGACUACAAAGUGAGGUUGUUUUUGCGAGGGAGCAGCUCAAUAAAUCAUCAUUCUCAUUGGAUCAACGUAUUAAAGAUCUAAUAGCUCACAUCAAUACAUCUCAGAUGAACGAGACCAAACUUUCUGAAGACAUUCACAGACUGAAGCAGGAGAACCAGGCACUGCUAGUCGACAUGGAGUUACUCAGGAAAGAGAGAGAUAUGGCUAAAAUGCAAAGCACCUCAAACACUGGUGGUUUUCCAGAGGAUAAGCACAGAGAUGAAGUGGCAGCACUAAAAAAGAAGCUCCAGUGGUUUGUUGAAAACCAGGAAGUGCACUCCAGUAAUGAAGAGCGAUUGGAAGCUGCUACAGUUGAGAUCCAUCUUCUCAAAGAGCAGGUCGAGAAAAUGAAAGCCGAGGUGGGCAAAAAAAGUACCGCUGUACGCAAAAAGAUCAGAGAGAAACCAAUAGACCUUAAAAAGAUGCAGGACUUGGAGCAACAGGUAAAGCACCUGGAGAAUUUACUAAGAUCCAGGAACCCAAAAUCGUCGGCUAAAGAGGGUGUUGCCAACAGCCGGAAGUUAACAUCCAGCUGCAUCAACACCCUGCUUGAGCGUAGGGUACAACGUAUUGAGGCAGAGAUGGACAGUCGCGAUGAAGCAGCCAAACAAAACCUGCACGAUAUGGAGCAACAGUUUCAGAAGACUAAGCUGCAGUACGAACAUCAGAUCGCUGAGAUGGAGCAGCAUUUGAAGCAGAAAGAAGAGUUGGCAGCAGCAGCAGCAAUCUCAGCCUCAAGUACCGAGUCAUGGAUGUCACAAAUUGAAAGAAUGAAAGUUGAGCUGGAACACAUCAAGACAGCACACGAGCAGAAGGAAACUUUUCUUCAGGAACAGGUUGAUACUCUCAAGAAGCAGCUGAAACAGAAGGCUCUGUCCAGCCCAGGCCGACAUAAUUAUUUUCCUAAGGACGUACAUGCUACCCGCAUCUCCCAGCUCAACCAAAAACUUAUGGUUAAAACACAAACUAUUCAUGAGUUGACCUCUACUGUGGAGAGACUGCAGAACGAGAGGAGGAGCAUGCUGUCUGGUUCUAACUUAGGACGUGACGCACACUUUUCAGAGAGCACACAACAACAAUCACCUAUCAAAGCAGGCUGCUCAGCUACUGCAGGAUGCUCAUUUUCACCGAAAGAAGGGAGUCGCCUCAGAGAAGUGCUGCAGGAGAACGAGGCUCUUCGGGAGCGUGUGAAGCUGCUGCAAGUAAACAGUGAGCUGGAAAGAGAAGCACUGAAAUCGAAUGUCAUGCAAGCCAAGGAGGAGCUGUGCAGGCAAAGGGACCUCUUCUUUCAGCAGAUUUCCUCUCUGAAGGCAGAGCAUCACAAGGCGUUGGACCAAUUGCGUGCAGAUCACGCCACAGAGUACUCCUCUUCAAAGGUGGCCCAACUUACCAAUCAGCUGAACACGCGGGAUAUAAUGGUGAAGCUUUUGCAGGACCAGCUGAAAGAGCUGCAUGGGGUCAAAGAAGCUCUUGCAGUGUCCAGAACUCGAGAGGUUGCUUUGGAGACUCAGUUAAGCAGACUGUUAAUGGAGCUGAAGGAUGCAACAGAAGCUCAGAGUCCAGGAGUGAAACAUCUGCGUAGUCUGGAGUCCAAGAUCGUCAACAUGGAGCAGAGACACCAACACCGGGAGAAAGAACUCCAGCAGAUGAUUGCAGGUACAUGGGUGGAAGGUGAUCAGCAGUCAAAGGUGGAACACUGGAAGUGUGUGGCAGUGGAUAAAGCCAGAGAGCUGGAAGCUUUCCGCUUGGAGUUGGACUCCAUUCUGGAUAUCGUGAGACAUCUUCAAAGACAGGGCGUGACCGUGCCCACUCCUUGACUUGGCACGUUUAUGGACUUCUAAAGCACAAACAACAAAGGAACGAUGGUUGUCUUGAACAGGUGAGUUUUGACGGACUGCUGGUGGAGGAGAUUGUUGGGGUAAACUGAUUUGUUUGGGAAGGAAAUUCCAAACCAGGUAGAAACUUGUCUCCCCAUUUUUUGGAUGAAUGAUUUCUGAUUUCUGAUUUGUCACUGUAGAGGUGAAAGAGCUUAACGGAUUGCUUUUAAUAAUAAAAAAUCAUGCUGUGAUUGUCCCUUGA